CCUUCCGAUGACGAAUCCAGUUAUUUGAGAUAUCUUGAAAGGAAUUUUGACUAGUCAAAAUGUAAUUGAAGAUAUCUUGAAUUAUUAUUAUUCCUAGUCAGAAUGUAAAUACAGAUAUCUUAAAUUACCAUUCCGGAUAGUCAAAAUGUAGUUUUGUCUAGUCAAAAUCCAAUUUUAGAUAUCUGGAAUGUAAUUACGGAUAGUCAGACGAAACCGAAUUUAUGUUAAAACGGCUUGCCAUAAAUCAGCUGCUGUGUUUCAGCGUGACGCUCAGCGGAAGUAAAACAAAACGGCUCCAGCAGCAGCUUGUGUUGUCUUGUUGUGUUUUAGCUAAAUAUUCAGUAACAAUGUCUUCAUUUCAGCAGCUGAGGGAUUUUAUCAGACAGAGACUAACUGCUGCUGCGGAAGAAAUCUUCACCCAGGUAGAAAAAACCAUCUUCCGCUACGAGGAGGAGAUUAAACUGCUGGAAAAAUGCUGGAAACCUCAGAUAAAACUCACCAGAAUCGACGAGCCAAAGCAGCAUGUCACCAAUACGAAAGACCCAGAGCUCUGGGUCGGUCAGAACCUCAAGAAGAAACCAGAACCUCAAAAAAUUAGACAGAACCAGCAGGAACCAGAACCUCAUUGUAUUGGAGGGAAACAUGAUCAUAUUCAGAUUAAAGACCAGAAGGAACCAGAGUUUGGAGAAACGGUGAUCCAGUACCAAGAGGAGAUCAGAAAGCUGGAUAUCUGCUGGAAUCAGCUCACCAGAACCAGUAUGAAAUUCACCAGAACCGACUUCCCAAAGCAACAAGUCUGGAAGGAAGAGGACGUUCUCAAUGACCAGAGGGAACCAGAACCGCCACAGUUUACAGAAGAACCAGAAAAUGGACCGUCAGAUUCAGAUUAUCUGCAGUGUGAAGAGGACCAGAAGAAUCCAGAAGGUUUGGGUGUGAAGGUGGAUGAGGAGGAUGUAGAUCUUCCUCAGUUUGAGGAUGAACCUCCAGAACCUCCAGAGUUUGAAGAUGGUGAAAUAAAUUCAGAGUUUAUAGAUAUUAAAAAGGAUCCGGAAGAACCUAUGAAGAUCAAAGAAGACCAAGAAAAACUAGAACCUCCAGAGUUUGAAGAGAAACUAGAGAACCCAGAAGGUUUAAAGGUUAAAGCGGACGAGAGAGAUCCAGAACCUCCACGAAUUAAAGUCAAACAGGAGGAACCAGAACCUCCACGGUCUGACGGUGAACAUGAGCAACCAGAACCAGAACCUCCACGGUCUGACGGUGAACAUGAGCAACCAGAACCAGAACCUCCACGGUCUGACGGUGAACAUGAGAAACCUCAGUGGCUCACUUUCCUGAUCCAGAGCAGCCAGCAGAUCCAGCAGCUGUUAUCGACGUGUGAAACCAACGCCUUUAUGGACCCGUUGCCUUCUGAUCAACCAGAACCAGACAAGGAACAGCUUCACCAUCAGAACCGUCCAGAACUUCAGCACCUUUUCUACUCAGGUGCAACGCUGGAUACUGAGCAGAUCACAGAGGAACGUAAUGGAUCAGAACCGCCACCUGUCCAGCAGGAGAGGAAGAAGCUCUGCAGCGGCUGGGAGGCAGAACAGUUUAUGGCAGCAGGGUCUCAGGAACAUGGCUGGAUUGGACCAGAACCAGAACCAGAGCAGUUUCAGUGUCAGAACCCUGCAGAGGAGCAGCAAACUUUUAUCGAGCUUAAAACUAUUUAUUCAUGCGAUUCUGAGCAGAUGCAAGAGGAACCAGAGCCUCCACGUUUUCAGCAGCAGGAAUCAGUCAGGAGUUGGGAGGAGAAACUUCUAAUGGCCUCAACUUGUCAACAACAUGGCUGGUUUCAGCCAGAACCAGGCGCUGGUCCGCUUCACUGUCAGAACUCGCCAGAAGAUCACCACAGAUUCAUGGAGCUUUACGGUUUCUACUCCGGUGUGACACCAGGUCAGGAGCAGUAUGGAUCAGAACCCGUCCAGCAGCAGCAAAAGAGCCCAGACUGGGAGCAGCAGGUCACUCCGACCCGACCUGCAGCUGAGGACCAGAACCAGGAAGGAACCAGCUCUGCAGGGUCAGAGCGUCGUUCUCACACCAACACUGUGAAGUUCAGUAAAUGCUACGUGUGCAGUGCCGUAGUGAAAUCUCAGAGUUUGAAUCAGCAUCUAAAGACGCAUCCGGGUGUGAAACCGUAUGUUUGCAAGCGCUGUGGAGAACGCUUCGCCCAACAUGCUCGCCUGAGGGACCACAAGAUGGCCCACCUGGUGGACGACCUGAAAGCUCGGCAGCUAGCCGGAGUCAAAAGCAGACAGAAGAACUUCUUCUGCGAAAUAUGCAAGCGAGGCUUUGCUGAACUUGCUUUCCUAAAAAAUCACUACAAAGCUCACAAGUGGGAGCAGCCAUUUUGUGAAACCUGUGGGAAACAUUUCACUUCUGAAUAUUCACUGAAGUCUCACCUGAAAAUACACCAGAGGAAACGUGCAAAGCCAUUUUACUGUGGGUUAUGCAAGAAAAGGUUCGCUUGUCAUUCAACCAAGAAAUCCCACAUGAAGAGGCACAAAGAACAGGAACCCAUAUCGUAUAAAACAUGGCGGGAAACGUCCAACACCACAAAGCCAUUAGUCAGCCACCGAGAAACUUCCUCAGCUGCUGAGACUUUGUUUUGUAGAAUAUGCAAAAUACUUUUUCUUUAUAGGACUUCUUAUAUUGCCCACAUGAAGUCCCACAAAAGUCCGGCCAACAAAUGUUGCAAAUGUGGGAAAAGUUUUAAAGAUAAACAGAAGCUGGCAGCCCACAGGAAGUCCCACAAGAAGAAACCAACCUUAAAUUGUAGCAAAUGUGGGAAAAGUUUUCGAGAUAAAUCUGAAGUAGGUGCCCACAUGAGAAGCUGUGGAAAGCUCUAUGGAUGUGAGGAAUGUGGAAAUAGGUUUUCCUCAUGGAAGGGAGUCAGGCGCCACCAGAAAGGUGGACAUUGCAGGGGAAAAGUUCAGUCUGUGAACUAGUUUUUUUUGUUAAUGCUUUUCUUCAGUACUAGUGAUGUUGCAAAGAUGAGAAAUAACUUUCUGUAAAAUAUUUGGAAGGUUGUUGUUUGAUUUUUGUUUCGUUUUUAGAUGUUGUGUUCACUGAUUUACUUGCUGAGAGACCUUGAUGGUGUUCAGCCGUAUUUAGAGGUCUGAGGCUCUGACCUCAUGUUGCUUGUUGGGACGUCCAUUCCUGGAUUGGAGGCUGGUUCAAAUCUGAAUUUCUUAACAAUAAAAAGUUGCAUGUUUAACAUUCAAAUCAUCAGCCAAUCCUCACAGGAUUGGAGUUUAUAAUAUGUUAUUUAAAUCUUCACCUUCCAGUUCAUCUUUAGAAGCUUCUGCUGUGACCGACGGACGGAACAAAAGUCUUGACAGAGAUGGAGGUCCGACCCGAUGAACUCAGCAGAUGAAGGAAACUGCUUCAGGAUGAUAAGCGGUGACAAACUUCUGGUAGCGUUGUUUUAUUUUUAAGUUAUCUUUAUUGAACAUUUAAACAAGCAAACAAAGAACAGAUAGUCUUUAUCACAAAAAAAUGGUCUGAACCCAUUCAACACCACACAGUCAGGGCAUAAAAAAGUAACUUCUGUAAUUCAGAAUCAAAACUAUAAUGGGUUUUAUUACUGCGGCAGCAUCAUUGAAUACAGGUGAACCAGCUUUUUGUGUUUAUCAGAACUGGUGUGCAGUUAAUCAUUCAGGCUCUCUGACUCCGACAUACGGCCCUAAUGUAGGGGUAAAACUAGCAGCAGUGAGCAGGACCGAAGACAUUUGAUUGACAGCUGACUGCAUUCGCUGAUUGGCUCCUGCUUUAUCUCUCAACAAACAGCAAAGUAUAGUUUAACUGCGGAGUGCAGACAUGAAGUCUGCUGUCAGAGACCUGCUCAAUAUGGAGGAUUGCGGGUUUUUGUUUCGAUUCACAGCAGGGUGCCAACAUUUGUGUCCAGGUGUGUAUGAAGCCUCUGCACAGGAUGUUUAAUAUGCAGGUCACUUUACACACCAAACUGUUGAUUUUCUUUUCAAUUCCUUCUGUUUAAAGUUUUUAUGACACCAAUGUUCUGAUCAGUUGUAUUUUUGAAAGUUUUGAUUCUGAAAUAAAAGAAAGUGUAACUGACCUGAAGUUUGAUCAACUUUUAGUCCUUUUAGUUUGCAGCUUCAGGAUCGUCUCCAGUCAGAAUGCAAAACUAUUAAUCAACUUACAAUAAAUUGUUGAUUAAUGGCUUAUUAUAUUAAAAUAUGUGCCACUUAAUAACAUCUGCUUAGACCUUCUUUCACUGUUGUAGUUUGGCCACUGUCCAGAAUAAAAGAAUAUGUAAUGGUA